AAAACCCCCAGAAGAAACCCAUAAACAGUUGACACCCAAACCCCAUUGUCACUAAAAAAUUUCAGUUUCCCAAAGUAUAUGAGAUUCUUGGCUUCUUCUGUCUUCUUCCUCAGCUCACUCCUCCUCCACCAUUAGAGUUCACCCCCACCCCCACCCCCACCCCACCCCAACCACUGAAAUCUCUUGGAAGUCACAGAUCUAUCAUUUUAUUUAAGCCCCACCCAAUAACUCAUAAAUCCUCAUUAACAUACUAGUUAACUCAUAUUCUUGAUUUUUCUUUCACUUACCAAUAUGAACAAGAAUCGUACUCGUUUAAUUUCUUCUAGAUCUUUACACAUCAUUUGCACCUACAAUCUCUAGCAUUCAUAAAAAUCUUGUCUUUUUUUUAUUGUUUUUUGUAUUCAUAAAAAUCUUGUCUUUUUUUUUAUUGUUUUUUUUAUUUUGUUUUGUUUGCUGCAAUUAAAUUUGAUUAUGCUAUAUGGGUAUGAUGAAACGGACAAUGCGGCCAUUGUUCAGUGUAUUACUGCUGAUUGCAGUGGCGGCUACACUUGCUGUUCGAAUUACCCUUCGUUACAGCUCUAUUGAGCUGAAAAAUGAAUACCCAUUUGCUGGGAAGGUUAAAAAACCAGUACUGAAUGAGACACUUUUGAAAUAUGCAUCUAUUGAUAUUGGGGAACCCCGGUUGAAGAAAGAGGUUGAGGAGUUAUUGGAAGGGAAUUUCAGAGGACACAAUCGUCAUAGAUCAUUUCUGUCUUCUGGGAAAUAUCGCAUGGAUACUAGGCCGAGGACAGCUAGAGGGGUAUCGGUGCAGCUCCGGUCACCGGAGUUUUAUCGCCUUUGGCAGAGGUUUAGGAGGAAUUUGCAAGAUUGGUUCAGAAAUAGGAAGCUUCCUAAGGAUGUGAUGGUUGAUUUGGUGAGUACAGUUAAGGUUCCAAUUGAUAGACAUAAUGGUAAAGUGGGAUCAGAGGAGAGGUAUAAAUCAUGCGCUGUUGUAGGAAAUAGUGGGAUUUUGUUGAAGAGUGUGUAUGGAGAGUUAAUUGAUAGUCAUGAAGCUGUAAUUCGAUUGAACAAUGCAAGAACUGGGGGGUUUGAACAUAGAGUAGGUUCAAAGACUACUCUUUCAUUUGUGAAUAGUAACAUUCUGCAUCUUUGUGCAAGGAGGGAAGGUUGUUUUUGCCAUCCAUAUGGACUGAAUGUGGCUUUAGUAAUGUAUAUAUGUCAGCCUGUGCAUUUCUUGGAUUACAUGGUGUGUAAUUCUUCACACAAAGCACCAUUAAUUGUCACUGAUACGCGUUUUGACAUGUUGUGUGCUAGGAUUGUGAAGUAUUAUUCGUCGAAACGGUUUGUGGAGGGAACUGGGAAGCCUCUUCAAGAAUGGGCUCCUGCUCAUGAUGGAGCUAAUUUCCAUUACUCUUCUGGUUUGCAAGCUAUCAUGCUUGCUUUAGGUGUUUGCGAGAAUGUUAGUAUUUUUGGAUUCGGGAAAUCUGCUUCAGCUAAGCAUCAUUAUCAUACAAAUCAGAGGGCUGAGCUGAAGUUACAUGACUACGAGGCAGAGUAUGAUUUCUACCGCGAUUUGGUGGAGAGACCUCAGCACUGAAAUCUAUCAGUAGCACGUUUCUUAGAUCCAUGUGCUGCAAAGCUCCCAUAGAGACAAGGGCAAGAUUGAUUAAAGCUUUCAUGAAGACCAACCAUAUAUUGCUGGAUUUUUCUUGAGAAGGUAAGUGACUGUUUUAUUGCAGAAGUUAGACCAGCUCUAAGAUAGUAGAGAUCUGUUAAAGAAGUUGGAUUCCAUGUAUCUAAAAGAUAUGAGCUGAUAAGCUAAUAAAAUCUACCAUUUACUCUUCUCUGUAUAACCAUAUCAUGCUGGAUUUUGAUACUAUCUACCUAUGUUUGGGUGUGCAUUGUUCUCUUGGAGGUUGCCUAUUUGUCUUUUCUUUCCCUGUUGUCGUUAAGUUGGCUGUUAACUAUGUCUUUUGUACCGAGUAGGUGCUUUACAUUUUGAUGGGAAUUGUCUAUUCUCUGUUUUGUUAGUUGUAUAUGGAAUGUCACCACAAAAAGAUUGCUUUAUUAGAAUAUCUCUUGUUCCGAAAGUAUCUACAACUGAUAUCAAUCCAAGAAGUGGAUGUUUCGUAUUGCAUUGUUCUCUGUUCCUCUGUUAUAUACUGCUCAGUGUAGAGUGUCAGCCCCCACAAAAAAAGGGGAAAAAGAAAGAGAAAGAACUCAAGACAGAUGAGAGAGUAUUUGCUCUCCCACGGGCCUCCUCAAGUGUUGAGACAAAGCAUGAAAGGGUUUUACUUAUGUUUCUCUGUUUUAGCAUCUAGUCGCUCUUUCUAUUUAUUUACUUCUCGAGCAAACAGGUUUUGUCAGCCAUGAAAACACUGCGGUACAGAUACCCUAGUCGCAUUCCUACAAAUUUGACUAUUAUUUUGGACGGUCAUAGUUGAAGCAAAGAAACACCCCACUACAUAACACUAAACACUUGCAAUUGUUUGUUCAGCUUUACACGAGAACUUUAACAGAUUCACAUUAGCCUCAUUUAAGUAUGAUACCAAGCAAAAACAUGUAGCAUCCUUUAACCAAACAAAGCUACUAUAAUCCCUUUAGAACCCUGAUAAGUGAAGGCCGAAUAUCUAUGUAAACACUAUUCUGGUUUUGAAAUUAGUUGUCCUUUUGCAUUUUGUCCUGAAUGCUUGGGCUCAGCUGUAUUGUACUUUACGUCCUGUUCCUCAAACUUCACUGCCAUCUAGAACCUUAUGCUCACCUAUAGAAAACAGAAUAUGGAAAAGGUCAAUGAACCAAUUUAGAAUCUUUAAAUCUCAAGACAAUUUUGUUUGUCCUUAACAUUGUUAAGAAAUAUUUUUUAGAUCACAAACUGCAUAUUCGUUGUAUUCAAGUGGAGUAUCUUUGUGCACGGCCGGAAUCAGCCAACUAUGUGGUACUAUGGUAUCAUCAUUAUAGACAAAAUGCCCCGAGUCGAUGAUAUCAUUUAACCCUUCCUAGACCCUUUGCUCCAUUUGUCUUCUCUUCUGAGUAUUUGGUGUUAUCUAUCCAAUCUUAGGUACAAAUAAGGUAUUUCUUGUGAAACCUAUGCUCAAAGUUGUGAUAACUCUUUGAUUUCUUCUCCAAUUGAAGCAAUAGCCAAAACAAAGAAACAUUUCUAGCCAAUUAAUAGUUGUGAGACGUAUCUAGCAGCUUCCGUUAGACCAUCCAAAAGACCACAAAUAUUCCAAACUGAAUGCAUACUAAAAAACAUAACAAUGCUCUGUACUACUGUUAGACUUGUUUCAUCCUCAUGCAGGUCAUGGGCAGACAAGUGUAUUAGAUGGAGCUUACAUAGAUCUCAUCACAAGGAAAGACGAUGAUUGUAGCAGCUGAAGUAUGUGCGGAAAAUCAUUUGGUCGAAGUUAGUUAGGACUUGUGCCAGCUGAGGUGUAAGUUUGUAUAUAUGAAUUGAGUGCUUGCAACUAUGGUAGUUAGAAGCAAUUUUGCCUUGUAUAUACAUGAUGGUUGUUGUACACAAAAUAUGAGGAGAAUGAAGUUGCAAUCACAA